AUGUUCUCCAAGGCUGCUAUCCUCCUCGCUUGCACUUCUGCGGCUUUUGCCAACGUCUUCAUCACCUCCCCCACGGCUGCGACCACCUUCUCCGGUGGAAGGACCGCUACUAUCAGAUGGCAGGACGAUGGUUCUGCUCCUACCCUUAAGGACUUCGGUCCUGCUCAGAUUUCAAUUUACGUUGGGAAUGCCCUCCAACAGACUCGCCUGCAAACCAUCAACGCGAGCGUCGACGUUUCUACCACCUCUGAGCUCACCUUCACCCCUGAUGCGUCUAUCGGCCCCAACAGCUCCGAAUACUUCAUCCGUGUUGAGUCGCUCGCUCUCAAGGACGCGGCCCAGCCCCAGUUCCCCGCUCUCGCGUUCUCUGCCAAGUUCACUCUGGACAGCAUGACGGGUGUCUUCAGCGCCGACGUUACCAGCCAGAUCAACGGCCAAUCGACCGCGCCCCUAGCCCGCACCUCAACCACUGCCGCCACCACUGCUACCCGCGCAACGACCUCCGCGAGCAGCGUAGCGAGGACAUCUGCGACCUCUGCUGGUGCCUCCGCCACGGCGUCCACCAACGCUGCCGCCGGUCUCACUGGCAAGGCCGGCUGGGCGGGUGCUUUCCUCGGUGCCCUCGUCGGUGUUACCAUGUUCUGA